AUGGAAGACUACAAACCCCCCGAUCUCCCCUCGCCCUUCAACAACACAACACCACCACCAACCCUCCUAACCCAAGGAGCCGAAGCUCACCUCUACAAAACAACCUCACUGAACCCCUCCAACCCCGCAGCCCUCAAGAUCCGCCCAUCAAAACCCUACCGCCACCCAAUCCUUGACAGACGCCUAACCCGCCAACGAAUUCUCCAAGAAGCACGAUGCCUCGCGAAACUAGUACGGGAAGGCGUAUCCGUGCCCGCCCUUCUAGCCCUGGACUGGGAGGGCCACGGCGGCGAGGAGGGCGGGUGGGGUGGCGCCUGGCUAAUGAUGGAAUGGAUUGAAGGCGAUGUGGUGCGCGUCGUGCUGGAGAAAUGGGAAGCAUGGAUGAAGAACAACCAGGCAUCCCUGGACGAGUCACAGAUCGAACGGGAAGAGGCGCAAGUGCGCGGCUUGCUUAAGAAGAUGGGCGCUGCCAUUGGCGCGCUGCAUAAGGCUGGGGUUGUGCAUGGAGAUUUGACUACAAGUAACCUUAUGCUGCGGCCAUUUGCUGGUGCAGAUGGUGCUGGUGCAGAGUCGGUUUCUACAGAGGGGGAUGUUGUGUUGAUUGAUUUCGGGCUUGCGUCGCAGAGUGCGCAGGAUGAGGACCGCGCGGUGGAUUUGUAUGUGCUUGAGCGGGCGAUUGGGAGUACGCAUCCGCGCUCUGAGCCGCUGUUCGAUGAAUUGCUGCUUGGGUACCGGGAGAGCUACAAGGGUGCGCCUUCUGCACUGAAGAGACUUGAAGAUGUGCGCAUGAGAGGUCGCAAGAGGAGCAUGCUUGGUUAA